AUGGAUAGUACAAUUUCACCCGUUAGCGAAGUUUUUAUAAACAAUGGUGAAAUUGAAUGGCAACCACUUGCUCUCACUUUAGUCGAAUAUCCAAAGGGAGAUCCAAUAGGUAAAUUUUUUGCACUGACCAGCUUAGCUCCAUUUGGAAUUGGCGCCGGGUUUGUUACUCUAAUACUCUUUAGGAGGGAUCUUCACACAAUUGCAUUUUUUAUCGGCACAUUAAUCAAUGAGGCCCUGAAUAUUGUUUUGAAACAUUUAAUUUGUGAAUCAAGACCACUAGCACGAGGACAUUUGUAUAAUGAAUAUGGAAUGCCAUCAUCACAUGCUCAAUUUACAUGGUUUUUUAGCAUUUAUGUGUUAUAUUUCUUUAUAAUAAGGCUACAUCAUAUAAACAAUAAUAGUAUUAUAUCGGCAGUAUGGAGAGUUAUUAUAGUAGGCAGCUGUUUGGCUCUAGCUUUAAUUGUGAGUAUAGGACGAGUGUACCUACACUACCAUACUACAGCACAAGUAGUUGUAGGUGGUAUUAUAGGAUUCAUGUUUGCAACUAUAUGGUUCACUGUAGUACAUAGGGUACUAACACCAUAUUUCCCUCAACUAGUAAGUCUUAAGCUAUGUGAAAUGUUAAUGAUAAGAGAUACAACAUUAAUUCCCAACGUCCUGUGGUUUGAGUACACCACGUCAAGACAAGAGGCUAGGACUCGCGGUCGCAAGAUGGCCGCGUUGAAGCCGACCCAAUGA